AUGUGGCGUGGAAACCCGGCACUGCAUGACCGUGCGACCCUUGACGUUGAUUGUAAUAUUGUAAGCAAGAGCUUGUCCUGCGCAUUGACCAGUUUGGCGUCAUCGACGAGGCCAACGACAUUAACCGCCACAAUGUCUUCAACCCCUGUAGAAGCUUCGGCAUACAAAGGGAAGUUAACCAAUAGGUCUUGGGCUUUACUACCCGAGGAAUUAGUCCGGACUAUCGCUACCUAUUUUAUCUGGGAUAUAUCAGUAACGAACUACUGCCCUGAUCAAUGGCAAGCACGACAUUUUUGGCAAAAUCAAAUGGUUUAUACAGCUUUGCGAGAUGCCCAAGAAGUAGAGAGGUUCAUGCGCAUAUGCCCUCAAUGGGGUGCGGCCAUGGAAACUCACCUUUUCUGGAUGCAUGUCAUUACCUUGAUCGACCCCCAUGAUACACUGGGCGCCCAUGUCUGGGUCCGUAAUAACAAUUCCUCCGCACCACCUGUUAAACCUACACCGUAUCAACAUUACCGGAAUAUAACUCGAUUUUCCUGUUUCGUAUGUCGAAUCAACACUCCGAAUACCAUACAUGGUCUUGGAACCGGAAAACGCAUGAUCGCAACUCCCUGGCUCAGCUACUGUACCGUCUGCCGUGAUCAUGACAAGCCACGGGCUGCAUUUUGUGGUCUAUGCCUCCGGGAAAGCCAGUCAUACGAAGCAGAACUACAGAUAAAUCCCACCUUCCACGUUGGCUGUAUCGAAAAUGAAGACCAUGAGCUUUGGCCGAAUGUUCAGGCAACAUGCAGGAGCUGUCGUGCUGAAUGGCUUUGGCGGAAAGCCUGCUCUGCCAACGUCCGUGAAGCAGUUGGAGGCCGGAGGUUCCGUAUAGAUGAUUGGGAGGCUAAAUCCACUCUUGACGGGUUUAUCGACCUAUCCGAGGGUAGAGUUUCAGAUGUCAUCCUGGUAGCUAGGGAGAGGUACUGGAUACGCACUUACACAAAACUUGCGGACAUGCUGUCUCAAGCAUUGGCCGCUUCUCGUUACGAAGGACGCGAAGAGCGAUUGACCGCGGCUGCCGCAGGUGAAGACACUGAAAUGGAUCUCAGUGACGAGGAUGACGAUGAAGAUGAUCUCGAACUUGCUCAACUAACGGAGGAUGGCGGCAUCCGGGAACUCGCUCUAGGCGACUGGGCUCGGAACAGAAUACUGGAUGGGUUUUGGAUCAGUCCUGCCGAUCAGUGGUACAAUCAUAUACAACCAGACCUACCUUGGGACGUACGCGCGGUCCAUCCCUGCCCUUGGACGGUUGAAAGUGAUGAUUCGGCGCCGCAAGGAGAUUCCGAACAAGCAGCGGAGGAGGAACAUCCCAGGGAUUCGACUGUACACGCGCCUAUUCCCCCGUCACAUCCUCUAUGUGAACAGACCUUCAACGCCCAUCAAAAGCAGAUGCGGAUCCUGCUUCUCCCAGCGAUGAAGAAUAUUGUCAGGAGGAUCGUGAUCGAAAGUAGUGCCGAUGCUGCAGACCCUGCGAUCCGCGCAGCGCGAAUGACUCUUGAGGAUGUCAUGAAAGAGCUUCGGGAUGAAGCUACUUGGUUCGAUGGUGUGGAUUGGCUGGAGAGACGAAGGAAUGCACGCCACGAUGCUGCUGCGCGGGAAGAGGCUACUAGCGAUGACCAUUCGACUUCCUCUGGAUCCAGUAAAUCUUCAGACGAGUCUUUUACUAUCACGAGUCCGGUCCUUUCAACGACUACACUUCAAACUACUCCCUCACCGCCGCCAUUAGAAGACAAAAGCGCGGGUGCUGAUUCGAAAAAUGUAUAUCGAGCAGUCACCAUUGCAGUUUCGCCGGUCCUUGAUCCGCCUCGCCUGAUCCAUCCUAUACCCCACGUUCCUGUCAUGGCUGCCCAUCUGCCUCAUUUCAGUCUCGAGGCGUUCAGAAUGGUGUGGCGCGAGGCUUGUGCUCCCUUGUAUCACUGUCGAUGUAAAAUUUGUGAACGAGCUCAAGCUGCUGCAAGCGAAGCCGCCGCCGUCGCCGCUGGUGUUGCAAACAGAAAUCAACCUCCAGCCGAUGUCCAAGAACAUCCCGCUCAGGAAAUCAAGGACGAUGUUGUCGAGAUUAAGCUAGGUGAAGCUGAUGGUGAGGGCGAGGAGGAGAUCGAUUAUUUGGAAUAUGAAGAUGAUGUCUUCGACUCGGACGAAGUAGAAUCAAGAUAUGAAAGCCGAAGCCGAUCUCGCUCCCCACCAAGACUGAACCGCCCAUCGUACACUCCUUCCACUCCUGUGAGUCCACGGAAACGAUCCUGCGACGAGAUUGACGAUGAGAGGAUAUACGAACGCGGUAACGAAGACGGAAAUCAUUCCGAUAUAAACGAUACCACCCCGAUACGUCAUCGACAACCUAGGACGCCCCCGAAACGGCUCCGACGUGAGGGGCCGCCGAUUCUCAAAGGAUUAUCAGUGGACGAUCCUGUUAAACGAAUGCUGCAUAAACGAAGCUCGGAGGGGGUGGAUGCACGAGAGGAUCAAAUACAGAGUAAACGUGCAAAAAUGUCCGAGGAGGCGGAGUCCCCGCCUACUUCGCUUACAGCGGAAGAUAGCGAGAACUCUUCAGCGGAUGCCGAUUUGGAUGAAGGGGAAGAUCGUGCGAGCGGGAGAAAACAGGCAACGGUUGUGGAGCGUUGAAUCUGCGCCAAGAGUGGGUUUGAAACCAUUGUACUCUCAGAUGGCAUAAGUACUCGAAUCGAAUCGACUAUACGAUUAGAGAAAAAGCAGGACAAUCUUCACUGGAUCAAAAAGUAUUCUUGUAUUCCCCUUCUCACAUUCCGUUUCUUGUUUCCUUAUAUAGCCCAGCUCUACCUGUACUAUAACAGCUACUCUUCCUUUUCAUUUGAUUGCUGUCUUCUGUCUUUGCUUUCUAUGUAGUAUUUUCUCCUCACUUAUGACUUCUAUAAGUAUACAGCACUGUAUAACCUUAGAGAAUGUGUAUCGAUAGAAAAAAAUACAC